UGACUGCUUUUGACUGCUUUCUUGCCGGCUGUCAGUAGGGAACACACAGGUUUGGAAAACGACAACAAGAGUAAAUGCAAUGCCUAUAAAUACAACAGCAUUCAUUAAAUGUGUUACUCACAUUAGAUCUGCAGUUUCGAACAUUUCAGGCUUACACCUGGUGUAGCGAUGCAAAUGCACCUUUGUUGCCUUUCACAGAUAUUCAUGUCUGUAUUUUGUAUAGUGAGUGCACAAAACAUCAAAGAAAUAUUUUGACAUUUUAAGAAAAUUGCUUGUAUGCUUUCUUGCCAAGAGUUAGAUGAAAAGAUUGAUACCACACUCAUGUCUGUCAGCUCAAUAUAGGGCGUUAUAAGCGGGACUAUUUCUUGUCGUCGUAUCUGACAUUUAAAGAAACAAGAAGUGAACUGUUAAUUUGUGAGUAUUUGAGAUGCUGAUAGGCGGAUUUUGUUACCUUCAAACCGAGCUAGGCUAGCUGUUUCCCCCUGUUUCCACUCUUUGUGCUAAGCUAAGCUAAUCAGCUGCUGGCUGUAGCUUAAUAUUUACUGUGCAGACAUGUGAGUGGAAUCUAUCUUAUCUAACACUUGGCAAGAAAGCGAAUAUGCGUAUUUCCCGGUACUCAGUAACAACCCCACCUGCAUAAUCCACAGGUUGUGUAUCUCCUUGUCUACACUGUUAAAUGGUUGCAGAUAAAUCAAUGUACAUGUACAGAUAGUAGGUUAAUUGCAUGAAGAGAGUGGCCUUAAUCUUUUGUACUUGUAGUUGUAAGUGAUGACGGUGGAUGCAGAUACAGUGUCGAUGGUGCAGGUAUGUUGGAUUGGCUGUUUAUCCUUGCUUAGGCUCAUGUGCCUCCUGCGUAUUUUCAGUGGUUCCGGUCAGACAGUCGUUCGGGCCUGACGUCAUCACUCAGUGUUUAGACUUCUCAUUGCUCUUGCUGUUAACCCAUGAGCGUUCUGGGAUUUGUCUGCCUCUCUCUUCUGCCCUUUAAAGGUUGUGUUCAUUGUAAGCAAGCGUUGUAAAAAAACAGAAACAGCCACAUUCUUCUGUGAACUUGGUUCCCGGUCACGCUUGAUAGGGAUCAGCCUAUUUAUACUUGGAGGUUUUGUCAACAAGAUGUGAGAUAGUCUUGGUCUACUGUUCAUCUUUCUUUUUUUCGGGAUCCUUAAGUUGAGGAUUGAGGAUUGAGGAUUGAUAUGGAGAAGAUCGAUUUAGAUCUGGGCAUCACUCGAGUCACAGCAUUGUCAGUGGACAGAGAGCUGCGGCCAGAAGAAAUGGACGAGUUGCGGGAUGCUUUCAAAGAGUUUGACAAGGACAAGGACGGUUUCAUCAGCUGUAAAGACCUUGGAAACUGUAUGAGAACCAUGGGAUACAUGCCCACUGAGAUGGAGCUUAUUGAACUGAGCCAACAGAUAAAUAUGAACUUGGGAGGUCAUGUUGAUUUUGAGGAUUUUGUAGAGUUGAUGGGCCCAAAACUCCUCGCCGAAACUGCAGACAUGAUUGGAAUAAAAGAGUUAAAAGACGCGUUUAGAGAGUUUGACACUAACGGAGAUGGCGCCAUAAGCACAUCGGAGCUCCGAGAUGCCAUGAGGAAGUUGUUGGGCCAGCAGGUGGGUCUAAAGGAAGUAGAAGAUAUCCUUAGGGAUGUUGAUUUGAACGGUGACGGGCUUGUUGACUUUGAAGAGUUUGUACGAAUGAUGUCUCGCUAAGAUCAUGAAAUGAUCGGUCCUGAAUGUGAAGCUGUGUCCUUCUCUAUACUUGACCAAGUACGACAGAGGACAUGCUAAGAUCUCUGAGCCACCCAAAUCUGAAUGACACUGGAAUUAAAACUCCUUGAAUGUUAUGGAGCGAGGAGUCACCUCACACUUUUAGUCAAUAAGUGUUCUUCCUGAAAGGCCUCCAAUUCAACUGAGGCAGAAUUUGCUGUAGCCUAGCAGAAGAUUGUUCAACUUAUAUUUUUUGCACUUUAAUUCUCACUAAAUAACUUCCUGUGUGGAUAGAUUGCUGGUGUCUUUGUCUCAUCCUCUACAUGGUAAAAUUAAGUGUCUUGCAAAAUGUCACCUUUGAUGUACAAAAGUCAGAAUGAUAGAGUGAAUGUCUGUAAAAAAAAAAAAAUAAUAAUAAUAAUUUCAGUGCACUGUUGAACAUUUCAGUUCAUUUUUUUCACGCAGUAUGUGUUACAUUCGAAAUUGUACGUGGAAUGUCCUGUGACACUGGUGCUCCACGAAGGGCCCCAUGUGGCCAUAUCACACUUUUAUUGCAACUGUGUGACCAUCUGUGAUAUUUCAGCGUGCAAGUCCAGCCCUGUAAAAGCAUCACUGUCUGACAACUACAUGCAACGAAGAAGCAGAUCUGAGAUAUUAAUGAGAAACAGAACUCUGAAACACAUUUUCACAUAUGUUAUUCGCCCAUAACGUCUCCAUAGCGUCCUGAGAGACAGUAGGAAUGACAUAUGUGAACUGUAUUUACAGUGGAUGUGAUUAUGUCCUACCUGUACUGUAUGUCAACGUCAAUAUGAUUGUAAUUGUGGUAGCGUUCCACACAUCUGUGUUGUCGGAUUUUUAUGCAUGCCAAAGAGAGAAAUUUAUUAAAUUCAGUAUGCACAUUUG